AUGAGCCCACCACACUCCCCGGGUUCCUCGACUACUCCCUCACCCCUCCCUUCCUCUCCAUCGCUCAACCCCCCUCCUCGUACGCACCAACACCCCAACUCGCCUCCAGUCCGCUUUCUCUCCGUCGCAGAGGACCUUGCUACACGACCAGUCUCGCCGCAGCCUGGAAAUGGCGGCUUCGGGAUGAGAAGGAGCGCGUCGAGGGAUUCGAACCAGGCGGCAGCGACCGCAGGACUGGGCGUGUCGGUUGUAACCCUGGGAGCAUCGAAUUCGGGAGAACGGAGCCUCAUUGUAGGACCGGCGUUUGGGACAACGGCGGACCCUCUGUCCGUUCCAUCUCGCUCGCAACCACCUGCUUCGCCUUUACAUCCCCUCAGUCCAGCCCUUCAAGUCUCGCCAUCGUUCAUUCCGCCCUCAACAGACAGCACAAGCGAUGCUCCAACGAAUCGCAAGAGCCCUACCCCGAACCUCCUCCUCCCUCGUUCACAUUCUCCUCGACCCCUUUCCUCCGCCUCUUUCGCCAGCUCUGGCAACACCGGUCCUACCAUCACUCGGAUCGCGAGUCCGUUGGAACCGUCGUCGGCGCGCACUGACGAACCCGUCUCACCCGCGCCUGUUAUGCGACGCCAAUCCGCCUCCGACCUCUUGUCGCUCUCUCCGCCGAUGGAACCGUUGACCGAACUGGACGUGCUGAAGGACCUCGCGUCCGGUGGGACCAUCGCUCGGUCCAGGAGCCGGAACUGGGGAAACGAGGUUCCGGGCGAUAGCGGUUGGAGCGGGACGACCGAGAUGGGCGAGCAGGCUUCGGUAGCUGCGAAGCCGUCGACCGAGCCGCUUCUCGUGCGGACGUCGAAUGCGGGACCAGCGUCUUCCGCAACUCGACCUCUAUCCGCGCAGGAUUCUGCGGCAUCCGGCUACCCUCCCCCUCUUCACUCUCGAUAUCGCCAAUCCGCCGACUCCCCUUUCGCCUUCUACACCUCCUUCCUCAUCGUCAUCCUCCUUCCCGCGCUGUUCCUCGUCUUCAAUGCGGACUGGCUGUGGCACACGAAUGAGGGAGGGACGAGGUGGGGAAAGGCGCUGGUUGUGAUUGUGGCUGUCGGAGCGGUCAUCGUCUGGGUGCUCAUGCUCAUCACGGCCUUCUCGAACCCCGGCAUCAUCCCUCGCAACCUUGACCCCGACCCACCGCGCCACUGGAUCCCACUCGACCCGUCCGGCUCGUCAACGGACGCGAAAGACGGCGAAGGAGAGGGGGAGUGGAGAGUCGAGAUGCGGUAUGUUGAGGUGUUGGGUGGGAAGGCCGUCGUGGGUUGCAAGUGGUGCGAAACGUGCAAGACGUACAGGCCGCCGAGGACGAGCCAUUGCAGGUUGUGCGACAACUGUGUCGAGCGGACGGAUCACCAUUGCGCUUUCCUGAAUACGGUCGUUAUUAGAGCCCCGUCCGGUACUUAUUCGUCGUCUCGCGCAGUGCAUCGGCCGGCGCAACUACCUCCCCUUCUUCCUCUUCCUCCUCUCGACUACCCUUCUCGCCUCACUCAGCAUCGCCCUCUCAGCCGUCCACGUCGCUUUCGGCGGCCCACAAUGGGACUGGCAGCGCAUUGGCGCUUUAGUCGUGCUCGCCUUGACGGCGGUCGUGAGCGCUCCGGUCAUGUGCCUAGCGAUGUACCACGUCGGGUUGGCUUCCGCACAGAGGACGACGAUCGAGAUGCUCCGCCCUCCCCUCAUCCGCUUCGCCCUUCUCGACCCCUCAACUCACCUCCCGUUCUCCACCACACCCUCCACCGACGGCAUCGCAUCGACUACGAAUCCGUGGGCGACCGGGAAUCCGGUCAAGAACUGUGUCGAGGUGGUUUGCUCCCCGGGGAGAGAACGGGUGCGUGUCGAGGGUGA